CUCAUCUCAUUAGACCUGGAAAAGCUGUAAGGCUGUGCUAAUUACAAAUGAUCAGAUGCUGUGCUAGCUCCUCCUCCAGUGGUCCUUUUCCUUCUUCUAGCCCCUGUCUCCUUUGUCUCCCUAAGUCAGUGAGGUUAUCUUUUUUUUCUAUCUAAGAAUAAGUAAAGAAGGUUCUUUCCCAAAGAGUUAAGGCUAGAAAGCAAGGUGGAACACACCAAAAUGGCUCAUCAGAACAACUUAGGGCAUUCCCAUGUCCCUGUGGAGGAGACUGAUGCAGCAGGAAACCAAGGCCAGCAGGAUGCUAGACUACAGCAAACUAGAUUUCGGAGAAGAAAAUGCAAGGAGCUACAUUCAGCACGGCCAGGGGGAGAAGAAACUAGGGUUUUGCAAGUUUACAGAUUUAUGAGUCGUCCCCCAGCUAUCAGCGUGCGCUCCACUGGUGAAGAGGCUCUGGGGCUGUCUAGCAUUCCUGUGCCGAGAAACAGUGGAAAGACUGUGAAAACACUGGCUAGGUCUGCCAGCCAUUGGGUACGGCUGGAACCUGUACCGUGUUGGGUCAAAGACUGUACUGGGCUGGCCUGCUCAGCAGAUCAUGGUCCUAGAAGACAUCUGCUAAAAGCCAAUCUCCAAGCUGAGGAAGAUAGCUUGAGAUCAGUAUUAAGAGAGGAAUUUUUCUCAAGGGAUGAAGACUAUGAUGACUUGGGGACAGUCAGCUCCCAGGAAGAUGUUGUCAGCAGUGAUGCUCCCAGAAGCUUGGCAGAAGAGUUUUCACUAGUUCCCUUAAAUAUGCGAAGGAAAUAUUCUGCUCAGAAUUUUGACCUGCUAGUAGAAAGACGUUUUAAAAGGGUCUGAGCUUCAGCACGUCUGUUUAGAAUUUAAGAUACAAUUUUUUUUUGGAGAUACAAAUGCCAAUCUUCAUGUACACAGUUUAUAGAAAUACAGGCUGAAGUCUGCAUUGAAACCGUGAAGGUUCAAAUGGGGUGAAGCCCAGCACAUUUCUCUUAGACUGACAGGCAGCAAAGAAAGAUAAAACUGGCACGAAAAUAAAUCCUUCAUAUGAGUUGCCUUCUUUGGGAGUUUAGAAUCCUGUAAUAAUCAUAAGGUGUUAAAAAUGGAAAUAUGACUGAGUCUAAGCUAAUAUAAUGACUAUUUCUUUUGCAAUUGUAAGGGAUAUACCAAGAAAUAUCGUUGUAUUUUGUCUCUUUCUCAGCAGUAGAGUCUCUUUUUAAUAACUUCUUGAAGGAUAUUUGAAAUUCAAAGCCCUCAUAUAUGCCACUAUUUCCUUUCACUAAGUACUUUAAUUUACUCUAUAGAGGCCUAGAGGGUUUACUGUUUGUUGUUUUGUGUUUUUCUUGAUCUAAAAAUUAGAAUUCACUGCAUAUAUUUGGUUAUUCAUAUAUACAUAAACAGCUGUGUAAGGUAAUGUGAGAUAGCUAGGAUACAUCCUGUGAUAAACAAGGGGGGAAAUGCCAAACCAUUCUCUAGUUGGGGUUAACUGAUCAUGUGAAAUCAACAAUUUUUUUAAUUUAUUUUGUUCUGAAGAUAUUAUUGGUUUUUUUUCCUCUUCUGUUUGUGGAAGAGCAUGUAGUUGAAAGCAACUCAAGUUUUAGGUUUCUCUGUUUCUUAUUUAGUCAGUAGGUGGACUUCACAGAUAAGGUUAGGCCAGGCUGUGAACCUGCAGUGUGUGAUUACUUCCUGAAAACCUGACCAGUAAGCCUUCAUGUUAACUUCAAAAUGCAUCCCAUUGGCAGAGUUUUGUUACGUCUCCAGGGUAGUACUCUUUACAAGGAAUAGACUUGAUAUAGUAGAAAAACUAUAAUAAAUAAUAAUUUUUUUUGUGCU